UGUAGUAGGUCUAAGUUUCGUCUAUGUAGCACACUUGUUUAAUCUACAUGAACAACGUUUAGAGAAAUCUCAGUCUACGAUUUGCAGUCGUACACAGUCGUAGAGCUCAUCGUGUGAGUUUUGACUGUAUUUCGAUCGGAUUUCAUCUUUUUGUGAUUACGUCCUCUUUCUUUUCCUGGUCUUUUCAAGGCUGUGAUUGCUUACAGUAAGUCUCCUUCAUUGGCGCUACACAGACAGAAUUGUAGGCUGGCGAUUCUAGAUCCCAUUCCGAGCCAACUCUUGUGUUCCAGGGAAGGCUAAAUUGGCGUGGCCUUUCCAGUUUCUAUGGAAGUCUCUCUCCCAUAAACAAGCCAGGCUAGAUAAAGACAGAAAAUACAGUUGAUGCUAGUGAACUCUUGCGGAAAGACUGUGGUACUUGGCUCUCUACAUCAUCUAGUUUUCCUUAGCUUUAUCACCAUGCACGACCAAGGUCAGACUUGUUUUUGCAUGGAACUUUUCGGCCUCCAAAUCGUCCAAUGACGAGACGACCAUUUCGCUAAAAUUGGACUACUCUCCGAGACCCUGACUUUGAUUCAUCAUGAAUGGUUUGAGAACCAAUAGCAAUACGGGCAAUGAAGUGAAGUACCCGCCCACGUGUAUGGGAACCGUGGGCACCGCUAACGGGAUCGCGGCCGUGGAAGAAGCGGAUGAAAUCGCGCGAGAAAAGCUCUACGCUGCCAAACCUAACAAAAAGGUGGCCAGAGUGAUAACAGUGAUCGGUUACAUCUUCUGCGUGUCAAUGAUUGCCAUUCUGCUAUCACUCUAUUAUUUAUUUCUGUGGAAUCCAUAUAUUAAGGCUCAUCGAGCUGCUCAAGCUAAAGCUGGCAAAACCAACUUAAGCAAGGUCACCGCCACGUUUUCAUCCGAUGACCAAUCUCCGAGAGCCAUGGCUCUUAGGAGCGAAGACUUCUAUGACAGUUCUAUCGAUAAGAGCUGGUUGAAAGCAGUCCGUUCAACCACCUCAAGACCGUUCUCGAGCAAAAUCAGAACCAUUGCCUCCGACAAUACCAUCCUUAUGCCCCAAAGUACAACUGGAAUUCCAUUGGUAUUAUUUGACUUUGCCAAAAUCGAUGAAAAUUUUCUGGGAAUCGCUUCCAACCCGUUAUUCUUUCCUAGUGGUUCAGAUAAAUCUUCCAAUACUCCAAGUCCUCCGAGAUACUUCCAAUCCGCGACGUUUCCCAACUCAAUUUUCCUUGGCAAGCUUCAUGGUGGUGGUCUAGCUUUCUCAGAACCAAAUCACAAACGACAUGAUUCGUUCCAAUAGAUAUGUCAAUGGGGAAACAAAUUCAAGUUAGAUUCGAAAAAGUAGUUAUAAGCCACUAUGCGUAACCAGAUUGAUCUCAUUAAAUAUACCAAGCAAGGCGAGCAGAUAGUAUACGUACUUCAUCGAAUUUUGCUCUUGGCUCAUUUGUACUUCCGACAAUAUCAACCCAAGGAACUAUUUGCAUGUCAUCUUUGAGUCGUGCCAAAACAUAAAGCAAAGAUUGAAUCAAUCAAAAGUGACACUUGUCACCGACUAAGGUUUAUUCUGUUUGUAAUUAAAGAAUAUAAACACUCACAUUGUUCUGAUCAUUA